AUGGCUUCUUUCAUUUUAGUAAACCUGGCAUCAAAUAACAAUGUGGAAAAAUAUAAAAUUAUUAAACAAGCAAAUAUUGUAAGCACAUACUUGCAGGUGGGAAAACCCGUUAAGAUAAGGUUGGAAAACGACAAUAUUAUUAAGGCAACAUGUUUGUUUAAAUCUGACAAAAUCAAAAGUUUGAUGGCUUUAAAAAAUCAACUGGAGGAAUCUGGACCAAACAGAAGUUUUAUUCGAUCCUCUGUUUUAAAUUCUAUCGACUCUGACGAUGACAAGAAAGCUAGACCACAGAUGAAUUUGAACAAUGUACCUGAUCUAAUUGAUGUCGUCAGUGAAAAAUUUCAACAUUUGAAUAUAGAAUUUGAAGAUAUGCAGCAAUAACCAACAA